CGCUAGCGCUCGACGUUUACGCUGGCAUCCGUUCUUUGCCUGUUUGCCGUUUUUCCACUGCACAGUCCUUUCGUUACCUUUCGUUUCAUAUCUGAUCAACAUCCGAACCUGGACGAUUUAUGGUAUCCUGACAAUUCGGGUUUAUUCCGGUACUGAAAAUCGUCAAGUCGACGGAUUUGAAGGUGUAUUUUGUGGAGACUCUUCAUAACCGAGCGGGAAACGUCGUUAUCGUGGUGAAUAAAGUAUGGCAUCGCAAAUGCACAAGCGGAAGUCAAGUGCGGACGAUGAAAAGGAUAUCAUGAUCACCGAACCACCCUCACAAGUAUUUCCAAACACAAGUCCUGGGCCGAAAUUUAAAUUAUCACCCCCACCACCCCGUUCAAGAGUAAACUCUACCCCUGCCCAAACUUUUACAUCCAGUUCCUCCUUCCCGAUACCACCACCUUCAGCAGGUCCCUUCAGGACUGGCUUCAACUUACCAUCUCAACCGCCUCAUACUACAUCUCCGUUUCGAACUUCAUUCCCAGCCUCGAACAACCUCACCGUCAAUGGCCAUUCCCGCACUCGUACCGUGUCAACACCCUACUCUCCAUCCACCUCGUCACCCCUGGCAUCUACCUUCCCUCAGUCCGUAAAACAGGGCCAACUUGUUCCUCCGAACAUGGCAACAUCCAAAUCAGCACCAGAAGCUAACUUCAAUAACGGUAUCGCUACCACAAAUCAACAACACGCUCGCAGGCAUUCUCGAGUGCACUCUCGAAACCUCUCCAUUUUCUUUCCAAGGCCUGGAUCAUUACCGCAGACUACCAUCACCGAAGAUGGUUCUCAGGAGCUCCAGAUAGGUCUUGAUGAUGAAGAGGCUGCUUUACCAAUCCCUUCUGCAGAUUCCAAUAUCAGUGUGCCAGGUCGUCACAGGCGCCAGUUGUCGACCCACAGUCCAGUUACCCCUCUUGGCGUCGGAUUCACAUUCGGCGUUAAACCUCCACGACCACCUGGAUCAGGGAAUCCCAUUCCACCUCCAAUGAUAGCCGACGACUCUUCCUCUUCGUCCACUUCGGGUUCAAGAACUCGAAGAGGCCAUCACCAUAAACACUCUUUAUCCCACAACUUUUUUUCAUUCCUCGAACCUGGUGCGGACCAACAACUGCAAAUGCCUGCAGAAGAGUUGCAUACGCAGCCUACACCUAUUCCUAUGUCACCUUGGAACCCUAUUUCGCCAUUCCCGCUUUCGCCUCCGCCGACUAGGAGCUCAUCGACGCAGCCGCAACCCCUGCCCCCUGGGCUCGGCCCGAGUGGUGUCUCGAACGGGCAUGUGAAUGUUCAUGGUCAUGGAAAUGAAAGAAAAGCCCGGCUAUUAGAGUCAGAAGAACCCCCUGAGGUGUUGGGCGUGCUUGGGUGGGGUAUCUGUCAGUUCGCGUUGGGAGGAUGGAUGUGGGUAGCUGGACAACAGAACGGAUCGUUAUCCGUGACAGGCUUGGGGUAUUGGGUCGUUUUUCAUGCUUUUGGUGUGGCGGUACGGAAUGUGUUACCGAAAUGGCGGAAACUGGGCGAUCAGGGGGAUAUGAGGAGGUCGUAUGGGGAUGCACGAAUCGAAACUGUGUUGAUGUUUGCGCAAUCCGUGUAUCUGAUGUUCGCGGCGGUAUAUAUAUGUAAAGAGACUGUUGAGCAUGUGUUGUUGGCUGCUGGGAGUAGUGGUGGUGGUGAACAUGAAGGGCAUCAUCAUCAUCAUGCGGAUGAUUCCGGCCAGUAUGGUAUCAACUUUCCAUUACUAUCCAUAUCCUUAUCUCUUGUUUCGAUUGUCAUUUCUGGUUUCUUUUAUGGUACUCAUUCAAAACUGGUCGAAAUCACCGGUAAUCGCAUACCUUCUAUAGGAAGACUGAUACGUUCUUUAUACUCCUCUCAUCAUCGCCAUGUCGUUCUUCCUGAACCACCGCCUACGUCGCCCAUUGGUGUUUUGAUUUCGAAUCCUUAUGUUUUGAGUCCGUUUAUGUUUUGCCUGGCGGUGAUGGGUACUUCGGUUUUGGUCUCGUCCUCCAACCAUAUCGCAUGUGACCUAACGCUAGCGGGAUUAAUGACUGUCGUGACCUUUAAUCUUGCAUACAGGGCUUCUGUGGUGUUGGGUACUGUAUUGUUACAGACAGCACCGGUGAGAGGACAGGGUGGAAGGAUGGAAGCGUUUUUGAGGGUUAUGCGUGAGAUUGAACGCCAUCCGAAUGUAGUCCACGUCACCCCACCCCAUCUAUGGCAGCUCACACCUACCCCACCGAACCCGUCCAGAUUUGAAGGUAAUUCUUCGCUUGUGGCUACGUUGGAGUUGCAUGUGAAGAAGGAGCUGGGUGACGAGGAUGUUUUGGCACUUACCAAGUGGGCAUGGGAGAGGUUGAUUUUUCUGCUGUCGUGCUAUUCUUUGGGAAGUAGGAUACUUCGUUUUCUUUAAAUUCAACAAUUCUUCUACUCUCCCAGCUUGGCAUCGCUUCCCAUCAUUCGAGACUCACUUACGACCCAUUAUCUCUCAUCGACAGGAACGCAACGUAAUGCUCAUUUGAAAGAAAUGAGCUCGUUCUACUGCUGACGCCGGCCAUCUGACCCAGCUAGUCCUCGGUUGAAUCUAGCGGUUAGAAAAGUCACCCGUACCCACGAUUGUGAACCCUGGGACCUGUGGCCAUGUUCCGGCGCCGUACUGAUUUUCUGCUACUUAUUCACACAUGUUGUCACAGG